AUGUGAAUGUAUGCGCUCGCCUGCAAUCGAGCAUGGGCCGUGCUGAAUGCAACACCAAGAUCCGCUCCGCUCCCUCUUGACAGUGACGCUUAUAUUCCCACCAACGAAGGCCCAGCGAUAAGCCUACGCAAAAGCGGUGUGAGCAAAUUGAUCAGCUACCAUUACCGUAGCCAAGGUCCAUCUGCUUUCACGCGCAACCGCCUAGCCAGUGGCCGUUUCACUCACAUUCCUCAUUGCUGCAUCUAGGGGCUCCCCGCGCCUGAUGCACAUUCACAUUUGACCUCCACACAAUCCCAACGGAGGCAGCAUACAAGGUUACCUGACACGGCUUUGCGCUCGCAGCCUCGCUCAUUUCUGCUCGAAAGUCUCCUGUCGACAAGUAAGGGUUCUCCACUCACCUCUACACAGAUUCACCUAACUUACCCGAUUGUACCCACUACUCAACUCUGCCCAAGUCCUCGGUCGGCGCGACCAGGGGUAGCAGAGCUACAUGGCCAUCACGCGCUGAGCCAGCAAUCUUGAAUCCUUGGCUCGAAAGCAAGGGAAUCGCUGGAGGGUAGCACUUCACUUAGCAACGGAGGACAGCACCCAGAGUCGCGAGAAAGCUCAGUGAAGACGCAGAAAGGCACG